AUGAAGGUUGCCUUCAUAAGUAUCAUUCUCCUUCUCCCGACUGCAGCCACCAGUAUCCCACGGUCAGAUCUAGCCGAAGAUGUGGUUCCUGUACCUAGAUCUCAUGAACCCGUAUACUUAGAAAAACGGCGUGGAGGUGGAGGAGGACGAGGGGGGGGAGGCAGUGGUGGUGGAAGUGGUGGGCGAGGAGGUAGUGGCGGUUCUUCAUCAAGAACUGGCUCGUCUAGCAACUCCGGCGGCUCUUCUCGCAGUGGGUCAGGGCCACAGCCCACAUAUGGUAGAGGUAUUUACUACGCGGGUGGUGCUCGCACUCCCUAUACCUCCGGUGCUCUAUCACCACUAGGAAUAGCACCUAUCAUACUGCCAACAGCUGCUUUGGCAUUCUUCGGUGGUAUCUGGCUGUACGGAGCUUACGCCUAUCCAUAUAACUACCAAUAUCAAUAUGUGGACCAGAUCACACACCAUAACGCAUCGAUACCGGUAAUCUGUCUGUGCGAAGAGUAUGCAGAAUGUGCAUGCGAUAACAAUUCGGAUAGAUCGUAUUAUGAAUCUAUUUUCAACGGCACCCAGCCUACGAAUUCCAGUGUCGCUAAAAUUGUCAGAGUCAAUGGCACUGAGACCAUUUAUAUCAAUGGCACGUUACCUAAUGGGACGACUGUUGCCAACGUAUCUACACCUUCUGGCGCUGCUCGGACGGUGAUCCAGACCAGUGGAUAUUGGCCAAUGGCCGCCUUGGUGGCCAGUACCAUUUGGGGGCUGUGA